UUUCCUUUUGUAAAUGAGUUUUUUUUAGUAUCUUAUCAAUUGAAAAGUUUUAUUUUCGUUCAGAUUAGAGAAGAUGGCAAAGCCUCCCUCCUCAACGAACCAACAAGAUUCUUCAAUGUCUUCUCCUCGGCUAAGGGAAAACAAUAAAACAAUGAGUCCGGAGGUAGAUGAUCAUGAGAAAGCAGCAGUGACAAUAACACGUCUCAUCGAGCAGCUUCAUGCAAAGAAAUCAUCAGAACAAGAAAAAGAGCUCAGCACUGCUCGACUUCUUGGUCUAGCCAAGGGUAAAAAAGAGUGUAGAAAGAUUCUAAGUCAAAACAUAAAUGCCAUGCCUGCUUUCAUAUCAAUUCUUAGGAAUGGAACCAUCUUGGCAAAACUAAAUUCGGCUUCGGUCCUCACCGUUCUAUGCAAAGACAAAAAUGUUCGUUCGAAAGUAUUGAUAGGCGGGUGCAUCCCACCGUUGCUAGCACUAUUGAAAUCUGAAUCUGUGGAUGCAAGAAGAGCUGCGGCCGAGGCUAUAUAUGAAGUAUCCUUGUGUGGAAUUGAUGAUGAUAAUGUUGGUAAUAGGAUAUUUGUCACAGAAGGUGUAGUACCAAGUUUGUGGGAUGAGUUAAAAACCAAUAAAAAACAGGACAAGACAGUUGAAGGAUUUUUGGUUGGGGCUUUGAGAAAUCUUUGUGGCGAUAAAGACGGUUUUUGGGCAUUAACACUUGCAGAUGGUGGAGUCGAUAUCAUCCUUAGCCUUCUUCAGUCUAGUAACCCGGUAUCUCAAUCAAAUGCAGCUUCUCUCUUAGCUAGUCUUAUUAGGAUUUUCACUAGUAACAUCUCAAACAUUGUAGAGUCAGGUUCUGUGCAAGUUCUGGUGCAACUUCUAGGUGAGAAAAAUAGUGUUUUUGUACGUGCUAGUGUCGCCAAUGCUCUAGAGGCCAUCACAUCAAAGUCAGAAGAAGCAAAAAAUAUGGCAAGAGAUUUGGAUGGGAUACACCUGCUAAUUGGUGCAGUGGUUGCUUCUUCUAAAGAGUUAGUGGAUGAAGAAAAUAAACGAAUGUUACAACGUUAUGGGACUCAAGCUUUAGCAAACUUAUGCGGAGGAAUGUCUGGUUUGAUAGUGUAUCUUGGAGGGUUAUCUCUGUCUCCACGCCUCACUGAGCCCAUCCCUGAUAUUCUUGGAGCUCUUGCUUAUGCUUUGAGGAAGUUUCAACUAAGUUUUGGUGAUGAUAGAGAGAGUUUUGAUCCAACACUAAUAGAAGGAAUAUUAGUGAAACUACUAAAGCCUCGAGAUACUCAGUUGAUCCAAGAACGUAUCUUAGAGGUUAUGGAAAGUCUAUAUGGAAACACUAAUCUAUCAGAAUUACUCAACAAUGUGGAGGCAAAAAGGGUCUUAGUUGGUCUUACAAUCUUGGCCACAGCCGGUCCACGGGAACGGAUGAUAACUUCUUUAUCAAAUUUAUGCAAAUAUGGGGAUGUUUGGGAUGCUAUUGGGAAGAGGGAAGGGAUACAAAUCCUCAUCCCAUAUCUUGGAUUGUUAAGUGAACAACAUCAAGAACUCUCUGUUGAAUUCUUAGCGAUCUUGACUGAUAAGGUUGAAGAAAGUAGAUGGGCUGUUACUUCUGCAGGUGGGAUUCCUCCAUUAUUGCAAAUACUAGAGACUGGUGUAUCUUACAAGGCAAAGGACGAUGCAGUCCGUGUCAUUUGGAACCUAUGUUGUCAUAGUGAGGAAAUUCGUCUAUGUGUUGAGGAAGCAGGAGCUAUUCCUGCACUUUUGGCGCUUUUAAAGAGCGGUGGACCAAAAUCACAAGAGAGCGCAGCAAAUACGCUUUUGAAACUGAUUAGAAAAGCUGAUCCAAAUGUUAUCGAGCAGGUACAAACUUUGUUUCUUGGAGAUGCUCCUAAAUCAAAGGGUCAUUUGAUAAGAGUUCUUGGUCAUGUUCUUGCAUCAGCUUCUUUAGAGGAAUUUGUCACCAAAGGUUCUGCAGCGAAUGAUGGAUUGAGAUCUCUUGUACAGAGACUUGCCUCAUCAAACGACAAGAUGAAAGAGAAUGCAGCUUCUGUAUUGGCUGAUUUAUUCAACUCAAGAAAUGACCUUUGUGGUGGUCUUGGAUUUGAUGAGAAUGACAAUCCAUGCACAAAACUUUUAAGUGGAAACACUCAUGCUGUUGCAACACAGUUAGCACAUGCCCUAGGCUAUUUAUCCAAUCCAACAAAGAAAAAGAUUGGCCCAAAGAAGUUAUCUGGUCCGGAAGGGGAAGUGAUCAAACCAUUGAUAAAGUCAGCAAAAACAAACCCAAUCGAGUCAACAGAGAAUCCCAUGUCCGCUCUUGCAAACCUUCUUUCAGACCCAAAUGUUGCAGCUGAAGCAUUAAAUGAUGAUGUUGUUUCUGCUUUGACAAGAGUGUUGAGAGAGGGAACAUUACAAGGUAAGAGAAAUGCAUCACAUGCUCUUCAUCAAUUACUAAAGCAUUUCCAGGUCACUGAUGUGUUCAAAGGAAAUGAUCAGUGUCGGUUUGCUAUUUCUGAACUCAUUGAUCUCUUGAAAGCAACUGAUACUAACAAUAGCUCUUUUAUCGACGUCUUGGAAGUACUCUCUUUAUUGGCCAAAGCUAAAUAUGGUGCUAACUUGUCCCAUAACCCCUUUUCUACAUUCACUGAAGCUCCUUCGUAUUUAGACUCUCUUGUUCGCGGUGUGGCUGAAGGUCAUCCGUUGGUGCAAGAUAAAGCAAUAGAGAUCUUGUCUCGCUUCUGCAAGACACAAUUUGUGUUUCUGGGUCAACUUUUAAUGAUGCAAUCAAAAUCAAUUUCUUCAUUGGCCAACAGAACAAUCAACUCAUCCAUUCCUGAAAUAAAAGUCGGAGGGGCUACAUUGCUUGUUUGUGCAGGAAAGAACGACAAGAAGUUAUGGGCGGAAACGAUUGGACGAUCAGGGUAUUUGAAAAGCUUAGUAAGCACUCUUCUUGAUAUGUCAAAGGAGAACUCUAAAUCUUCUUCAUAUGGAAUUGAAAUUCAAAGACCAAGAUAUUUCAUUACAAGCAACUUUUGCUUAAGCAUGGAUAAUUCUGAAAUGGUUGAUCCAGUUACCCUCUUAGGAAGUACAGUCUCCAUGUGGUUACUCUCUAUUAUUUGCUCUGCUCAUCCUAAGAACAAACUAGUUGUCAUAGAAGCCAAUGGACUGAAAACUAUUGUAGAGAAGCUUCAAAAAAACAAGUCCAACAUAGAGGAUAAUUUCUCCAAUUCAGAAGAAAAAUGGAUUGCUUUGUCAUUAUUAGCUGUUUUGUCUCAAGAACCAAACAUUGUCUCAUUUCCAGUAACAGAAAAUAUUUUUCCAACAUUAGCACCCUUCAUGCAAUCCGAGCAGAAGAUUGAUGGGUAUUUUACUGCACAAGUGUUGGCAGCAUUAGUUCGUCAUAAGAAUGAUGAUAUCAUUUCAGAAAUUAUGAAUUCAGAUAUUGUACAAACCACGGUAAACUUGGUAGGAUGUACAGAAUCAGACACAAGUUCUCUUUGUGCCUUAGCAGAAGAGUUGUCUCUAGUACAAAAUCCUUUUGAGGCCAUUUUGGAGGUACUAUUCGAAGAUGAAAGAGUAAGACAUGGUUCCUUUAUGAGAAAAUGUACUUUGUUGCUGGUGGAUCUCUUAAAACCAAAUGCAGAUAAAGCUGGAGCUAUUCCAAUGGCUGUUCGGCUUCUGAGUCGUAUUGCAGAGUGUGAUGACUCAAGUAAACUACUUAUCACUGAAGCAGGAGGUUUGGAUGCUUUAGCAAAGUACCUUUCUUUAAGUCCUCAAGAUUCUACUGAGAUCAUUGUUUAUCAACUAUUAGAAUCACUCUUCCGCAAUCCAGAAAUUACACGCCACAAAACAACUAUAAGUUCCAUGAAGCAGCUUAUUGGAAUUCUUCAUCUUGCUUCUAGACGUACCCGCUACAAUGCUGCAAGAGUGCUUAGUGAACUUUUUAGUUAUGAACACGUCAGAGAUUCUGAAUCAGCAUGGAAAGCGCUUUCACCUCUAAUGGAAAUGUUGAAUACUACACUAGAGAGCGAGAAAAUGGCUGCUCUAACAACUUUAGUGAAGCUAACUAUAGGAACAAGUCCAAUUCCACAUAUUCUUACUAGUCUUGAAGGAAACCAAUUGGAAAACAUCUACAAAAUUUUAUGUUCAGAUAGUUCAUCACUUGAAUCAAAGACAAGUGCUGCAAGGGUAUGUCGCUUUCUAUUUACCAACGAAGGUUUGAAAACAAGCUCGUCCACCACAGGAUGUGUAGUACCUCUUAUAUCACUUAUUCGAUCAGGAAAGAGCACAUCUAUAGAAGCUGGGAUGUUUGCACUUGACAUCCUCUUGGAUAACAAAAGAUUCUCAGAUGCUGCAGAAGAACAUGAUUGUGUAAACCUUUUCUACGGCUUUGUGUCUUCUGAAAAUUAUCUAAUCAGUGAGGCUGCAAUUUCUUGUCUUGUAAAAAUGGCGAAAGACAACACUCCACGGAAAAUGGAUCUGAUUAAAAUGGGGAUAAUCGAGAAAUGCCUUGGUCAACUCUCAAGAUCUCCUCCAUGUUCUUUGUGUUUAGUAAUCGUAGAGCUUUUCAGAGUUUUGACGAAUGUUGGUGCUGUAGCUAGAAGCCAAGACGCAGUAAAAAUGAUCCAACCGCUCCUCUCGAUUUUGAUUAGACAAGACUUGGAUUUUCAAGGCCAACUCAGUGGUUUACAAGCUAUAGCAAACAUCUUGGAGAAGCCAAUGAUUCUUGAAUCAUUAAAAAUUGCAUAUUCUCUUGUCAUUAUGCCUAUGAUACCAUUGCUUGAAUCUGAAUCUUUAGCUGUAAAGAAUGCAACCGCAGAACUACUGACAUCACUUCUCAGAAUGCCAUGUUUCCAAGAAGUUAUAAUGACCAAGGAUCUCAUUGCCCCUCUUGUGAAACUAGCGGGGAUCAGCGUAAGAAACUUACAAGAGAUAGCGUUGAUGGGUCUAGAGAAAUCCUCAGUUACAUGGACAAAGGAGGUCGCAGAUGCCGAAGGAAUUCAAGAGCUUUCCAAGAUAAUUAUCGAUGAAGAUCCUCAACUUCCUGUAUAUCUAUGGGAAUCAGCAACUUUCAUUCUCUGCAACAUUCUUAGAUUCAACCCAGAACACUAUUACUUUAUAGUGACUAUACCAGUUCUCGCAAAAAUGUUGUUCUCAACAAAUGAGAGCAUAGUGAUUUUAGCCAUAGAUGUAUUGAUAAUCCAUGAGAACCAAGACUCAUCAAGUGUCCUAAAAAUGACUGAAGCUGGUGCACUCGACGCAUUACUAGAUCUACUAAAAUCACACCACUGCGAAGAUCUAUCUGCAAGAUUACUUGAACUAAUACUACGCAGUCCAAAGGUUAGAGAGAUAAAGAUAUGCCAGUUUGUAAUAACUCCCUUGUCGGAGUACAUACUAGACCCAUACACAACAUCAGAAUCCGCAAAGCUUCUUGUAGCUAUGGCUCUAGGUGACAUAUCUCAACACGAAGGACUAGCUAAAGCCACGGAUUCGCCUCUGGCUUGUCGCGCAUUAAUCAGCUUGAUAUUAGAGGAACCAAGCAAUGAGAUGCACAUGGUUGUGAUGCGUGCAUUGGGAAACUUUGCAAUGCAUAGUAGAACAAGCCGUAAAGCUAUGGCUGAAGCUGGUGGAGUAUGUUUGCUUCAGGAAAUGCUUAGAUCUUGUAAUCCAGAAGUUUCUACACAAGCAGCUCUAAUGAUCAGAUCUCUCUUUUCAAACCAUACACUACAAGAAUACGUCUCUGGCGAAAUCAUCAAAUCGUUAACAACUGCGAUGGAGAGAGAGUUUUGGACGACGGCGACGAUAAACGUGGAGAUAGUAAGAACCCUAAACGCGAUUUUCACGACGUUUCCCAAACUUCGUUCGUCGGAAGCAGCCACCGCUUGUAUCCCUCAUUUAAUCGGAGCUCUAAAAUCCGGCGAGCAAGAAGCGAGAGCUUCAGCGAUGGACACGAUAUACACUUUGCGACAAUCAUGGAUAACGAUGCCGCCUGAAAUCGCGAAAUCUCAGGCGGUUUUAGCGGCAGAGGCGAUUCCGGCUUUGCAACUGAUGAUGAAAUCGAAAUCUCCGGCUCAUUCGAGCUUCCAUGAGAGAGGUAACAGUCUCUUGAAUUCUUUGCCGGGAAGUCUCACGGUGGCGAUCAAACGUGGCGAUAACCUAAAACGUUCCAAUGCGUUUUGCAGAUUAAUCAUUGAUAAUUGUCCCACCAAGAAAACCAAGGUUGUGAAACGAAGCAGCUCACCGGUCUGGAAAGAAUCAUUCACAUGGGACUUUGCUGUUCCUCCAAGAGGACAGUUUCUUGAAAUCGUUUGCAAAUCUAACAACAUCUUUAGAAACAAAAAUCUUGGAAGAGUAACAAUCCCAAUUGAUAAAGUAUUGACAGAAGGGAGUUACAGUGGAAGUUUCAAGCUGAGUGAUGAUGAAAACAAGAAUGAUGAUUCUUCUAAUAAAAGUCUAGAAAUCGAAAUCGUCUGGUCAAAUCAAGACAUUUUAAUAAACUCUUAAUUACUCAAACUGUUAUGUAAUAAUCAUGAAUAUUAUUGGGUUACUAUAUUGUUAAUAUCAUAUCUAUAUAUAACUUGGUGUUGUUAA